CGGUACCUUGCUCCAACAGUUGCAAAGAGCGUUUUCCCUUUCGCGACGAAGGGUGCUGUUUUCGUUCAUACUACUGUCACAUUUUGACAUUUUGGAUUAUAAGUGGAAGAACAGGAUUCAGUUACAAAAUGAAAAUUUAUAUCCUACUGUUCGCCUUAGUGGCUAUCGUUUGUGUGACAGCAGAAAAGUAUUCCAGCAAAUACGAUGAUGUGGACGUUGAUAGGAUUCUUCAAAAUAAUCGUGUCCUUACCAAUUAUAUCAAAUGUAUGAUGGAUGAAGGACCGUGUACUAAUGAGGGCAGAGAAUUGAAGAAAACUUUACCUGAUGCUUUAUCCACGAAUUGCAGUAAAUGCAAUGAAAAACAGAAAAUCACUUCGGACAAGGUAAUAAAUCAUCUAAAAACUAAGAGACCGAGAGAUUGGGACCGACUUGUCGCAAAAUAUGAUCCAAAUGGAGAGUACCAGAAACGUUAUGAAAAUGUAACGUUUCAAUCCGGCAAAGAAACUUAAAUUUACAUUUAUAUAUCUAAAUGUAGAUUUGUGUUAAUUUGUAUAAUAAAAAUG